AUGGUGAUGUCCAUGGCGACGCUCUCCGGUGCAGCGCCGCUUGUCGCGUCGCUCGGCCUCAUGGCCGGCGGGAGGCGAAGCGGUUGCGUGUUCUCCUCUGUGAGCGUCGCAAGGUGUCCGUGUUCGGCGCGUUCCAGUUCUCUUCCCCAUACCUCUUUCCUCUCUUCCUCGUCCGGAACGCUGUCCUUCCCUUCGUCCUUCUCAGGUAAUGCUUCACAGAUCAAGGAAAUUUUAAAUUGGUUUUAAAUCUCGUUCGUUCACUCUCUCUUGGAGCAGCAGCAUUUUCUUUUUUUUUUCAUGUUUUAGAUCUCCAUUUUUGUAUUUACUUCAUCUUAGUAGCGGCAUCUAUGUUUACUACUUGUUUUCGCCAUCAGUCCUGUUCAACAAGAGGAGUGCUCAUAGUUGCGCCGCUAUUUUUCACACUUCUCGUUCAAUUGCUCGAUUCAUUUGCCACUCUCGAAGUUCUAUUUCCGCUUUUUGAUCCUAUAAGCUUUUGAGGGCAUGAAGAGGGAAGCAAACGUUCUUGGUACUGAUGUGAGGUGUGGGGUAUGGACGCUACUUGGGAUAUACACUGGCGCGAUUUUCAUUGCCAAACAAGACUCGUGAUGGACUCUAUGGGGGGCGUAGGGGGCAGGCAUUCCAUUGGGGGGCACUUAGACUCGUGAUGGAGGUAAAGAUUAUCUUUACUCGUGAAUAAUCAGCACACAAUUUCCUUUGGAACACUGGAACACUGAAUUCCAUUUGCAUCUAGAGGUCUUACCUUCAAAAAUGAGGGUCACGUCUCCAUAACUCAAUUUGAGUUGUGAAUAAAUUUGUCAAAAUUCGUUUCCUAUCUAACACUCCUUUAGAGAUCAACCUAAUAUUCUAUGUCAGGCCAAUGUGCCUGUUUAAUGUGCUAUCUCCAAAAGAAUAUGCAUAAUGGGGCAACGCUUGCAUCACUCAUAACAUCAGUCCCAUUAUUUUUUUCAUCACUGGAUUGAUUCAAUCUGCCAAUUGUGAUCUGCUUUUGGAUGAAUGAAUAUUUCAAAUAAUAUUACAUGAGGCCAUUUUAAUCAACUGUUCGCUUCUUUUUCGAGGUAUUUAUUCUUUCUGUUCUGGCUCUCCUUGACCCCAAAUUUCGCCGGUAACUAGUUUAAAUCUUUUCCAUUCCUGCGAAUACUGGCAAUAUCAGAUCGAAAGAUAUUAAUAGUGCAUUUUUUCAUGAUAUUAAUAGUGCAUUUUUUCAUGAAAAAUUCAUAAUUACGGUAAGUAAUGUGGCUUAUCAGUAACAUGAUGCCCAUUACAUAUAUCAAUAGUGUUUUUCCCUUUGCGCUGCCGCCCCUGCUGCUCUCUCUCUCUCUCUCUAUCUCUCUCUCUUUCUUUAUGUAGAUUUCUUGCUGUCAUUGUUCUGUUUCCCCCGAGCUACACAACUGUGGAUAUGUGACACACGGAACUAGGUUCCUCUUGACUUUCAGUGAAUCGGCGAUAAAAAACUGGCCUGACCCAGCUAGCCUAUCGAUAUUCGAGGUUGAUUUAUGAGGUAAUGUAACAUGUAGAUCAAAGUUUAGGAUGUGGGCACCUACCUUCUGCCACUUUUUCACAUGCUUGAGAAACUCUUGGCAACUUCAAAUCCUAGGCAAAUAUCACUUCCUCAUUGGGUUCAUUUCUGUCUUUCAUUGAUCAUCUUUAACAGGCAUUCAUACUAUCAUAGGAUAGAUUGCCGGAAAAUAGACUUUUUUCAAGAUAAUACAGUCCACUGUGAGCUGAUCAAACGAUCUGCGUGGGUCCCCCCCCACUCCACAGGCCUCGCUCUGGGCCUGGAUCUUGGCUUCGGCAGGCCUCUGUCAGAGAAGCGGAGGGGGCUACAGGUGCGGGCGGGGAAGCCGGCGCUUUGCCUGACGAAGAGGAGCAGGUCUCGGAAAUCUCUCGCUCGGACCCACGGGUUCCGCCGGAGGAUGAGGACGACCACCGGAAGAGCGGUGCUGAAGCGGCGGCGCGCCAAGGGCCGGAAAGUUCUCUGCACCAAGACGAACCAUAACAGCGGGAAACGCUCCUGA